UCCCUAUAUAUACACACAUCCUUUCCCCUACUCCUUUCCUUAAUAUCUCCCCUGUCUCUUUAAGCCCGGUACUUUACUCUGUUCACCGGUUCAAAUCAGCCGUAAAUCCCCCCGCCAACACUACACUGUAACCAAAUCUGUCAGAAUAAUCCAGCACCAACAGUCAAAAAGUAAACGGUUUUUCACUUUCCCAUUUUACCCUUCUUUCCCUCUUUAUAUUUACACCCACCCAUAAACCACUCUACAACCUACUAGCCAAAAUGAUCACCGGCCAUGACUUUUACACCGUCAUGUCCGCCAUGGUCCCACUAUACGUCGCCAUGAUCCUCGCGUACGGCAGCGUACGGUGGUGGAAAAUCUUCACUCCUGAUCAAUGCUCCGGCAUCAACCGUUUUGUUGCCAUUUUUGCUGUCCCUUUACUUUCCUUUCAUUUCAUCUCAAUGAAUGAUCCUUAUAAUAUGAAUUACCGUUUCAUUGCUGCUGAUACCCUUCAGAAAAUUAUCAUGCUUAUUGUCCUCGGCUGCUGGGCCAACUUCACUAAAAACGGGAGUUUGGAAUGGAUGAUAACGAUAUUUUCGUUAUCCACGUUACCAAACACGCUGGUAAUGGGGAUACCAUUACUAAUUGCUAUGUAUGGUGAAUACUCAGGAUCAUUAAUGGUUCAAGUUGUGGUGUUACAGUGUAUUAUUUGGUAUACACUUUUAUUAUUUUUAUUCGAAUAUCGUGGUGCGAAAAUUCUUAUAAUGGAGCAGUUUCCAGAAACUGCUGCUUCUAUUGUUUCAUUUAAAGUCGAAUCCGACGUCGUUUCACUCGACGGUCAUGAUUUCCUAGAAACGGAUGCCGAAAUCGGUACCGAUGGGAAGUUACAUGUAACUGUUAGGAAGUCGAAUGCUUCCCGAAGGUCAUUAGCUGGACUUGGUGGGUCCGGAAUGACUCCUCGGCCCUCGAAUUUAACGGGGGCCGAGAUUUAUAGUUUGAGUUCCUCUAGAAAUCCGACUCCAAGAGGAUCGAAUUUCAACCACUCGGAUUUUUACUCCAUGAUGGGGUUUCCGGGUGGCCGGUUAUCGAAUUUUGGACCGGCUGAUGCUUAUUCGGUACAGUCAUCCCGAGGGCCGACUCCUAGACCUUCGAAUUUCGAAGAGAGUACGGCUCCCGGGCCGUUAAAUAUGAACUCUCCGAGGUUCGGGUUUUACCCGGCUGCGGGUGCUGGUCAGACAGCGCCCGCGUCUUACCCAGCACCAAAUCCUGAAAUUGCGUCGACCGUUACAAAACCGACAAAAAGUCAACAACCAGCAUCAACACAACACAAUGGGUCCCAAAAUAAAACUAACAACCAUGAUGCUAAAGAACUUCACAUGUUUGUGUGGAGCUCUAGUGCCUCACCGGUGUCUGAGGGUGGUGGUGGGCUCCAUGUGUUUGGCAGUAAUGAUUUUGGAGCGACAACGGACCGACCCGAACAGCAAGGUGCUAAAGAAAUUAGAAUGAUGGUCUCUGAUCAAAAUGGUGAAACUAAAGAUGGUCGAGAAAUGGGGAAAGAGGAGUUUAGUUUUGGUGGAGAAGAAGAGAAUGACAAAGAAGGGCAAAUCGGGUUGAACAAAAUGGGUUCGAGCUCGACUUCAGAGCUCCACCCAAAGGGUGUUCCGGUUGAAGACGGAACAACCGGAAAAAUGAUGCCACCAGCAAGUGUGAUGACCCGAUUGAUAUUGAUUAUGGUUUGGAGGAAACUGAUUAGGAACCCAAAUACAUACUCGAGUCUCAUUGGUCUAAUUUGGUCCCUAGUAUCAUUCAGGUGGCAUUAUGCAAUGCCAAAAAUUAUUGAGAAGUCUAUUUCAAUACUUUCAGAUGCUGGUCUUGGAAUGGCUAUGUUUAGCUUAGGUCUGUUUAUGGCGCUUCAACCAAAGAUAAUUGCUUGUGGUAAUCAAGUAGCUUCAUUCGCUAUGGCAGUGAGGUUUCUAACGGGACCAGCAGUAAUGGCAGCGGCUUCUAUAGCCGUCGGUCUUCGUGGUACCCUCCUUCACGUCGCAAUCGUCCAGGCGGCACUCCCCCAAGGGAUAGUACCUUUUGUUUUUGCCAAAGAAUACAACGUUCAUCCUGCAAUUCUUAGUACUGCGGUUAUUUUCGGGAUGUUGAUUGCGUUACCCAUAACUCUAGUCUACUACAUCAUAUUGGGAUUGUGAUGAGGAAGAACAAGAACUGUUUUGUAAGGAGAAAAUCUUAUGAUGAGUCCAAGAGAAUUGGAAUAUGGAAUUUUUGACUCCUCUUCCCUUGGUAUAAGGAUCAUGCUCCCUCCAUCUUCCAAUGUUGUAUCUUUUGAUAUGCAGAUUUUCAAGAAAUGUGGAGAGCAAAGAAGGAGAUAUAGCUUUUGAAGAGGGGAGACAAAUAGGAGGAAACAAGGAACAUUUAAUAUUUUUUUCUCCUUUGGUAAAAAAAAAAAAAAAAAAAAAAGGAAAAAAACAUGUUAGUGAUAUAUUAGCUAAAAGUUUAGAAUUGAUGGCAUGUAGAGUUAUGUUUUUUAAUCGAUUUCGGUUAUUGAUUUCGUUGGGUAGUGUUGUUUGUUUGUCACAUGUGCAUCUCAUUUUGUGUAAUUAUUUUAAGGUUAUUAUAAAUUAAACAUGAUGUAAAGGUUUUGAUGCUUA